CUUUACCGACGGAAAAAGAAAUGCUCAGAAUAUUGGGUCAUAGUGGCUAGACCAUUACUAUUAUCUGUAGGCGAUAUUUCACAAAAGCCAUCAGGUUUUUCUUCUUUUACUAUCAACGUACCAAUGAAUGGCCUCUAUACUUCUACUUCGGAACCGGGGCCGGACCGGGGCCGGCGCUCAGAAGAAUCCACAAGUCGGCGCCGAUCAGGACCCGUUGUCGUUGGUUAUGAAGUCUCACGCGCUCCUACGGUUUCGGAUACUUUUUCUGUUUGUAACUAGUGCGACUGUGGUUCCACGUAGACUAAGACGCAAAGACAGUGUGGAUUCCGGCCCAACAAGAUGAUUUGCUCUCCGCCAGCACGAUUCAAGAGCUCUGACCCACUGGCCCAUAUGGAAAACCUGGAUACUUCCA